AUGUCUGCCCAAGAAUUCACAGUUUUAUAUACUCAUCAAAAAACAAAAAAGUCUAAAGUCUGGCAAGAUGGUAUUUUGAAGAUUUCAACAGGAGGGAAUCAGGCUUCUUUAUUCAACGAUAAGGCUCAGCGUCUGGACACUGUAUUUAUAAAAACUGGCAAGGUAACUAUUGGUGAUGAUCUGGAAAGUGAUCGCUAUUUGAUCACUGUUGAAUCAGUAGCUGUAAGUGAUAAUACUUCAGAGAGCAACACUGAACGCAAAGAUUUACCUGCAUUCAGCAACAGAUACAGUCUAAAGUCUUCUGGCCUGCGUCCUCCAGCUGGUUUGAAGAGAAAAUUUACAGGUUUUCAGUGUCCCCGUGAAGUUACCAAGAAACCAUGUCUGGACGUGGAGGUGUCAGGAAGGACAUCUUCUCAGCUGGAACAAGGAUGUCCAUCUCUGUCUUCUCCGCUCUUUACUACGUCACCUCUCUUUGCCGCUUCAUUCACCAAGAAGGCAGACACAGGGGUAGUUGCACAGUUGCAAAGCUCCUACCAAACAGAUGACUGUUCCGAUACUUGUGAAAAGCAAAGCAGUGUGACCUGCAAAAACACACAAGUUAAUAGCAGUACUUCCUCCUUUCAUGUUUCAAGUAUUGGAAAUCAAGGAGCUGAAAGAGAAAAUACCGAAAGAGAAAAUAUUGCUGACACAAGUGUACUAGGAGAUGGAAACACAAUUAAGCAAAGUAUACGAAGCACAGCACAAAUUUUGGCCCUGUUAAAGUCACAGCCAAGUAAAGAAGGGACAUUAACAGAACAACAUAUCAAUCAAGCACCCAUGAAACCCGACAAUGACCUAGGAUCCACAUUUGCAGGUAGUACAAGAAGUCAUCUUCUAAUAUCUGAAAACAUUUGUGAAGAACAAUCACCAGUAAAGCCCCGUCCUGUAAAAAGUCGAUGGGAUAUUUACUUAGAUCAACCUCCAGCCUCCAGCACUGAUCAUGGUGAUGAUAAUGACACAUUUGUGCUGUCAGAAAGCCCAGACGAGAGGCCUAAAAAUAACACUCCUAUUACUUGCCUUCUAAAACCUGGAAUAAAACAGGAGGAAAUGAAAGGAGCAAAUACAUGGACUUCAGAAGCUGACAGACCACAUAUCACUAAUCACAAAUUAAAUGAUUUAGAACAUGUAGGUAGGCCAUCACACAAAGAACUUUAUAAUGCAGACGUGUACUGUGAAAAUAAUUCACCUGAGUCAGGACUUUGUCACAUAGAGUCUCCUUCCCCAAUUCUGUGUUCUUCUCAAAACCCAGCAAAAUUAGAAGUGGAUGACAUGGAGUUAGAGAAGGAGAAUGUAACAUCUUUCUCCGAAGUUUCAUUUAACCUGAUGGACAGUUUUGAUUUCACAGAAUUAGAUGAUGGGGAUUCAAAUGUGGUCCCUCCCCUCUCACAAAACAGAUUACUAUCAGCAGAGGAAAACAAGGACAUCCCUCAAGACAGCAAUAUUUUAGAAGGGAAAGUUCAGGAAAAUUUUUCUGAGAACAAGUCUUUAUUGAAACCAGAUACUGUCAGAUCUCUGUUAGCUGAAAAUGUCAUAAAAGGAAUUCAUUACACAACCUGCAUUCUUCCUGUACCUGCUGAUAUCUGCAGCAGCAAAGCACAAAGUAACCUGGAUGAACUCACUGCUUCUAAUGAACUGCCUGAAAGUGAUGUUUGUGAUCAACACAUAGAGCACAUUAAAAGCAGAGGGGAAAAGAUUGUGUCUUGGGAGCCAAGAAAUAUGUUAUAUCCAUUCAGUGACAAAGAAGGACAUAUUCCUUGUGGUCAGUCUGCAUUAAAAUCAGCUGAUGCUUUACUACAGGAAGGGUUAUCAAGUGAUGAUGACAGUCUCUUUAAAGGCAGCAGCAGCAGCACUUCUUUAGCACAGAAUUGCCUUGAGGAGGUUCAGUAUACCGAAGAGGACUCCCUUGGUCUUUCACAGUCUGGAAGCAGCAUUUCUAUCUUAAAAACUCUAACUAAACCUUGCAGUGCUCUUGAAAGCCUGAAUGUCUUAAAGGGGAAGUCUUUCUCUACCCCAGAGAAAAGAGACUGUGAACUGGGGACAUGUCUGCAGAGUGAAGCAGAGGAAGGUCUUCACAGGACAAGCCACUUGGCAAUAAAGCUUCCAGAUUGUGAAGAUAUACCAGCCAUUCCUUCUUUCACAACACAUCAUCCAGUUGAGUUUCAAGGUUACAGCGUGAAAGGAUCAGCAUCUAGUGCAGUCAUAAUUAGGCCUGACACAUCAUUUCCUCAGUGCAGUGUCCACUUCCACGAUGGACUGUGGGAACCCAAGGAUCAGACUGUGACUGGGAGUUUUCACAAUGGACAAAUAAGGUCAGUCAAAACACCAAUACAAGAAAAGUCAGGCAACCUAAAGUGUCAGUUUUUCCUGAGACCAAGGCAAUGCGUUUCUGUGGAGAGCCCAGGAGCACAGUUAAAGGAUGGGAAAGCUCUACUUGAGCAGCACAAUUUUUUGAACACUGGAAAAUUAUCCAAAGUACGUUCCAGGCUUCAGAUGCAAGUACCAAUGGUCACCCAACCGGAGACUGUUGUUAGUCCCAGCAUCAUUUCUAUGGAUGGUGAAUAUGAUGUCCCAGAAAUUCAGAUGCAAAACAGACUUUUAUCAAAGACUAACUCGUACACAUCUAAGGAAACACAUUCCACCAUUGUAGCUGAGUCAUCAAGUAAACAGCCAAGCAGAUGGUUAAAGUAUCAGGAUGUCUCUUCAGGGGAUCCACAAAAUAAUAACGGUGAAGGGAACCCUGAAUUCUGUGCACAGAGUGUCUUCAGACAUCCAGAAAAAAUAGAGGAGAUCCAGAAUGAUGAAACAGAAUUUGCCCAGGGAUCUCAACUUGGUCGGUUGAAGCACAGUCUUGGCCACCAGAGUGCUGCUGUUUCAAAGGUGGAGCUGAUCAGAAAAGUUCUUACUCCAGCUAAUGGUUCUCUACCUCAUUUGGUGAAAAAGAACUUGUUUUUCCAUGACACAGGAGAUGAGAAGAUCUCACUAUCCUGUGAACUUGCGUUUCUACCCAAACACAUUGUGCUGUCUGCAUCAAUUCCUAAAAGAAAAGUAAAUAUCCCAGCUGUGUUCCAGUCUUCGGCCCAUUAUAAGCAAGUCCUCAGUGCAUCUCUUGCAGAACAUUUAAAUGUUAUAAUGUUUGAGCUGUCACAGAGGCUGCACAAAGCUUUCUCCAAAGUGGACAUGUCCUUCUACACUUCAACAGAGGUUGAUGAGGCAAAUAGAAAGGAUACAGCUUCUCCACUUUGCCUGCAUCAGCAACCUGCUAAGCUUGUGAUGGUUAGAAAAGAAGGCCCCAAUAAGGGUAGAUUCUUUUAUACAUGUGAUGCACCCAAAGCUGAUCAGUGUAAGUACUUUAAAUGGUUGGAUGAGGUAAAAGGGACACAGCAGGAGAAGGGAAAACCUGAGUCCAGACUUGUAAUAGGGGACAUGAAGAGCCUGUCAAAGUACAUCAGAUGUCAGAAUAUAAACCUGUAUGAAGAAAGCCAGCUUAUCAUUAGGAAAAUAUCUGGAUAUCCAAAACGACAGUUUGGCAAGUUUGCAAAAGUUGUCAAUACGAAUGCAGAAUUUGGUGGCAAAUCAAAAACAAAACUUUAUCUCAAGCUGAACAGAAAGGAUAACUCAUCUGCAUAUAGUAAAGAUGAUGUCUGGGUUGUUUCAAAGACUCUGAACUUUGAUCCAAUGGAUACUUUCAUCGCUUGCAGCGUUUUCUUUGGACCCUCUGCUAACAAUGACAUAGAGAUUUCUCCUUUGAAAGGAUACUGCCCUUCUAACUGGCCAGCAAACAUGAUUGUCCAUGCAUUGCUGGUCUGUAAUGCAAGCACAGAACUGACAUGUAUGAGAAACAUUCAAGAGCACGUCAACUCAUCCACUUUACCUUUAAUGCCUCACCUCCUCACAAUGUCUUCUGAAUGUGAAAAGCCUAAUAAGAUUUCAAGAGGAAAGUUCAAGCCACCUGCUAUUACUGCAAAGAUUUCCAGCAAAUGUGAGAUUCCAGAUCAUACCUUUGUAAUGAAUUUAGCACAAGAUAUGAUUAAUCAGUUCUGUUUAAAUGAAGACCAAGCGGCUGCUGUGAUGCAAGCGGCACUAAUGAUGUGUGGUUCUGAUGGACCUCGGAAACAGCAAAGCCCCCCGAUCACUAUUAUUCAUGGAGUGUUUGGUGCUGGAAAAAGCUAUCUACUGGCUGUGGUGGUUUUGUUCUUAGUUCAGCUAUUUGAAAGCGUUGAUCCCUUUGAUGAACAGGAUUCAUCUCACUGGAAACUCCUUAUUUCUUCAUCUACCAAUGUCGCAGUGGAUCGAGUUCUUCUAGGGUUGCUUGAUCUGGGGUUUGAGCAGUUUAUUCGAGUUGGAAGUAUCAAGAAAAUUGCCAAGCCUAUUCUGCCUCACAGCUUGCAUGCAGGGUCAGAAAAUGAAAGUGAGCAACUAAAAGAGCUUCUGGUUCUCCUGAAGGAAGAUUUAACUCCUGCAGAAAAGGUGUAUGUGAGAAAGAGUAUUGAGCAGCAUAAACUGGGCACUAAUAAGACUCUGCUGGGACAGGUUCGUGUUGUUGGUGCUACAUGUGCAGCUUGUCCCUUUGCUUGUAUGAGCAACCUUAAAUUCCCAGUUGUGGUUCUCGAUGAAUGCAGUCAGAUGAUGGAGCCAGCAUCCUUGCUUCCAAUUGCCAGGUUUCAGUGUGGAAAGCUGAUAUUGGUUGGAGAUCCAAAGCAGCUUUCUCCCACUAUCCAGGGCUCCGAGGCAGCACAUGAAGCUGGAUUGGAACAAACUCUAUUUGAUCGGCUCUGCUUAAUGGGCCACCAGGCGAUUAUGCUAAGGACUCAGUAUCGUUGUCACCCUGUUAUCAGUGCUAUAGCUAAUGAACUGUUUUAUGAUGGACAUCUUUUAAAUGGAGUGUCACAAGAAGACCGUAAACCCCUUUUAGACUGGCUGCCCACCUUAUGUUUUUAUAAUGCUAAUGGAACAGAGCAGGUGGAAGGGAACAACAGUUUCCAUAAUAUGCAGGAAGCCAACUUUACUGUGAAGCUCAUCCAGUCUCUGAUAGCUAGUGGAAUACAGAGCUCAAUGAUUGGAGUAAUUACUCUCUACAAGUCCCAGAUGACUAAGAUUUGCAGUUUGCUUAGCAGCAUGUCUUGCUGUGACCCAGUGGAGAUGAAGGCAAUCCAGGUAUCUACAGUUGAUGCCUUCCAAGGAGCAGAAAAGGAAAUAAUCAUCUUGUCUUGUGUGCGAACAAGGCAGGUUGGAUUCAUAGACUCUGAAAAGAGGAUGAACGUGGCCCUGACAAGGGGAAAGAGACAUUUGUUGAUAGUCGGGAACUUGGCCUGCUUGAGGAAAAAUAAGCUGUGGGAGCAAGUCAUUCAUCAUUGUGAAAGACACAAUAAUGGAUUAAAGCAUGUAAGUCAAUGGGAUGAGAAACUUGGUAACAUCCUAAAGCUUUACCAAGAGAAAAAAGAACAGGAACUAUCAAAUAUGCAAACAAAAAAUCCCAAAGGAAAAGCUGGGAAGAUCAUCAGGAUCUUUUGUCUCAAGGAGCGAUUUACCAUCCUGCUUCUUGGUCGCUGGCUUUAA